AUGAAGUCUUCAGUCACUGUUGCCCUGCCCAUCAUGGCUGCUGCCGGCGCCUUCGCCAACGCACACUCCAAUUUGCACCAUGCUCGCGUCCCUGUGCCCGCCGAAAGCGGUAUGCCCCGAGUUGGCGUAGAAACAGUUCAGGGAUGCUUCUCAAGCGUGGGCAACAUGACCAACGAAAAUGCCGAUACCAAAUAUCUCUCAAGUGGUAGUUGCAGCACGAUUUGCAAGGGCAAGAAGCUGCCAGUUGCCGCCCUCGCCCCUCAGGCUUGCUACUGUGGCUAUGUAUAUCCUCCCGAAGACGAUAAACUCGAUUCAGCAAAGUGCGACUACCCUUGCAAUGGUUUUCCCGAUGACAUGUGCGGUGGUCUCAAAGACGCUUAUUCAAUCUACAACAUGGGUAUCGUUCUGGUUCCCGGCUUUUACAGUGCUUCUUCUUCCUCAUCUUCGGCCUCUUCGACAGCUACUCAGGGCAGCUCUUCGGCAGCAUCGACAUCGACUGCCGGCGUAACGCAACCACCGAGCACCGAGACUGGAAACUCUGACAAGUCUAGCGGUAGUCCCAAUGUUGCUGCCAUUGCUGCCGGUGUCGUGGUUGGUGUCGUGGUUGUUGCCGCCAUCAUCGGUGCCGUUAUCUUCUUCAUUCGCCGGAAGCGCAAUGCCGAAAUUGAAGAGGAGCACCGUCGCAACGCCGCCGUCAAUGCCUUUAUCAGUGGCUCCAAGCCUCCUAGCACUUCUGGCGGUAUCUCCAUUACCGACUCGCGCUUGGACCCAGUGAUGGCUCAUCGUCGUCUCAGCGACGGCAGCAUAGCCGACAACCAGGACUACUCUCGCAAGAUCCUUCGGGUCACCAACGCAUAA